AUGUCUACUACCACUCUGCCCUUCAGUGACACCCAAGUGCAGGUCCCCGGUUUUGGGGCCAUGGGCUUAAGCUCUGCCAUGGGCAGCGAUCUCAGCUAUGACCAGGCCGAGCCAGUUCUGCUCAGGGCCGUCGAGCGCGGUUGCACAUUCUGGGAUACUGCCGUCGCAUACAAGAACGGCGCCAACGAGCAGCUUCUCGGUGACUUUGUCAAGAAGCACGACGUGCGCGACAAGCUCUUUGUCGCAUCCAAGUGCGGAUUCGACGUCUUUGGCCCGCAACGCACGGUGACGAAUUCGGCAUCCCACAUCAAGGAGUAUAUCGAGGGUACAAUCGACAGGCUCGGCUUCACUCCUGACCUGUACUACCUGCAUAGGAUCGACCCGAACACCCCGCUCGAGGAGUCCAUCGGCGCCCUGGACGAGCUCCGUCGUGCCGGCAAGACGAAGUAUAUCGGCCUGUCUGAGUGCUCUGCCGCGACUCUGCGCAAGGCGAAUGCGAUUGCAAAGAUUGAUGCCAUCCAAGCUGAGUACUCGGCGUUCGAGACUAUCCAUGAGACAAACGGCCUCAUUGAGACUGCUAAGGAGCUUGGCAUUGCUUUUGUGGCAUUCAGCCCCCUCGGACACGGCUGGCUCGUUGAUGACUUCCCUUUUAAGUCUCCCGACGACUUCGGCCCAACCGAUUUCCGACGCACCGUGCCCAAAUUCCAGGGCGACAACUUCUACCGUAAUAAGGCCAUUGUCGACGAGAUUAAGAAGCUGGCCACGAUCAAGGGAUGUACGGUGGCUCAGAUUGCACUGGCCUGGGUCGCCGCCCAAGGCCUCAUCGCCAUUCCCGGCACGACUAAGGCCUCACGCUUGGAUGAGAAUUGGGAUUCGCGCAAGGUUGUCCUUACUGAGGACGAACUGAAGGAGAUGCGUCGCAUCGUUGAUGAGGCCAAGCCGAUCGGUGCCAGAUUCGCCCCUAUCUUCGAGUCCAUGGUUGGACACUAG